AGUUGUUAAAGAAGAAAGGACCUUUAAAAUGGAGGAGAAGCAAAGGUAAAAAGCAAUUGCCUGCUAGAGUAAGAACGGCCUUAAGAUGCAGCGUGGCGAAAGGCUUUUUAAUAUGGAGAAUUCAUCUAUUGAAACGCGUUUCUUUCAUGCUUGUGAAUAUGGUGAUAUAAACCAAGCCGAAAGGCUGCUCGAAUGCAGAGAUUUCGAUCCGACAAGAUUAAUUGAUAAGAAGACGGCGGAGGAGGGAAGAACAUGUUUACAUCUUGCAGUACUUGCAGGAGACAAAGUAUUUUUGAAAAAAUUGGUAGAAAAAAUAAACCAGCAAAAUAUCACCGACAAAAGGGACAAGCAAGGAGAUACGGCUUUGCACUUAGCUGUGUGGAAAUAUCGUGUGGAUCUGGUGAAAGUGUUGUUAGACAAUUGUAAGGCUGAUUUAAACCUGACAAAUAAUAAGGGAGAAACCCCGCUAUGCAUAGCAGUAAAGUUUGGAUUCCCGGAUGUUGUAAAGAAGAUGAUAGAUCGUGAACUAGAGACCGUGAAAAUGUUAUGUAAAGAAAAAAAAAUUCUGCUUCAUGCUGUGAAACUGAACCGAGUCAAAAUUGUUGAAUUUUUAAUUAAAAAAAGUGCAGUUGUCAAAAAAAGUGGAAUUCUCAGAGAGCUUAUCAAUCAACGUGUUGAAGACUGUGACACAAAGCCAUCUGGUCAUGAAGUUUUUCAAGUCUCUCGCACAAAGGUAUCUGAUAAUAAAAGUAAGCGUGAUGAGGAAACUGGCAACAGCCCGCCAAUUGUUGCUGGAGACACGCCUUUACAUAUUGCAGCAAAGAACAAAAAUGAGCCUAUUGUGGAUUUCUUGCUGAAGGUGCAGGGGGUGAACAAGCAUGCCCUUAAUAGUGAACGCAAAACACCUCUGGAUGUUGCAAGAGAAGUAACGGAUUACAACGAAUCUUUCAGAAUUAUAAAAAAGCUCACAGAUUAUCCACGCAGAUCCAGACCAUUCAUGUACUGUGCGCCAGAGGUGGACCAAGAAAAGGACAAGAGAGCCAGGUAUGCGGUUAACAAAUCCUUUGAUGAGAGACGCAAUGCAGAACUCGUGGUGGCAGCAUUGGUGGCAACCAUGGCAUUUACGGCAGUGUUCACGGUUCCAGGUGGUUCGUACCAGGAUUCUGACGAUCCGAAGCGAGGAACCCCUAUUCUUCUAGGCUACGCCAUGUUCAAGCUCUUUCUUAUUUUUGACUGCAUAGCCUUCUUUCUAUCUCUCUUCGUUUGUAUCAUGUGGCAAAUGGCUUCAGAGCUUACCACAGAGGACAAGAUGUUGUUCAUGAGCGUCAGUAGUUUAUUGACUGCUCUCAGCUUGGGAUUCAAUUCUUGUGGCUUCAUGGCUGCAGUGUACACGAUAUUGGCGCAUAAAGAAAGGGGCCUGGCUUGGGUGAUUUUGGGAAAUCUCUUAUUCAUUGCUCUCUGUGGAGCUAUAGCAUUUAUCCAUCAAAUGGCAAUGUUUUUAGUGGGACGAGCUAGAUUCCACCGCUUGUGCGGUGUACCUCGUCGAUUAGAUGACGCUGUUGAAAAAGUAUGGAAACGAGCAGAACGAAGUGGGUUUCUCCACCUUAUCCGUAAAGUUGAGGAAGCUUGCCAUGAUGCAAUAGAAGGGGAUGAACCUUCCAAGAAGGCGGACGAAGAGAAACAUGAACAUGAACAUGGCUACAACUCGUCCUGCUCUUCAUCCCCGUGCCUCCGCAACGUUCCUCAGUCUGUUUAGCUCACACUCUACAACCUUGAUGGCACAUAGGUGUAGAUUUGUAUUUUACUAGCAUAUUAUUGUACAGAUCUAUAUGGUUUGCUUUAGAAAUUCAUGGUAUGUCUAUAUAAUAUUGUAGGCCUUAUGAAGCUACUAUAUUUUCAUGAUAUUAUGUAUAAUCUUAUGGUUUUAUUGAAAUCAAUAUAUAAAUAUUUU